AUGCUGGAGCAGACUGAUGGAGUACAUGAAGCAGGAACGCUUCGAUGGCAGCUUUUCCUGAUCCUCAUCCUGGCUUGGAUCCUCAUUUACCUUUGCAUCUUUAAGGGGGUGAAAUCAACAGGCAAGGUGGUGUACUUCACUGCCCUGUUCCCGUAUGUUAUUCUGAUUGCGCUGCUGAUCAAUAACGUGCAGCUUCCUGGAGCAACAAAAGGGAUAACCUACUUCAUCGUGCCAGUAUGGGAGAAGCUGCUCUCGGUGGACGUGUGGGUCAACGCUGCCGCUCAGAUAUUUAACUCCAUCGGGAUUGGUUUUGGCUCCCUCCUGGCCAUGUCCAGCUACAACUCCUUCAACAACAACAUCCUGAAGGACACACUCACCAUAUCCAUCAUCAACUCCCUCACCAGCAUUCUGGCAGGCUUCGUCAUUUUCUCUGCCUUCGGCUACAUGUCUUAUCUGCAGGGCAUUGAAAUCGAUGACCUGGCUGUGGAUGGUCCAGGACUGGUUUAUAUUGUUUACCCACAAGCCUUUGCCAACAUGCCAGUAGCUCAGCUCUGGGCUGUGUUGUUCUUCUUCAUGCUGCUUUGCCUCGGACUGGACAGUGAGUUUGCAAUGGUUGAAGUGAUGGUGACCAGCCUCAUGGACGAAUUCCAUCGAGAUCUGAUGAAGAUUUUCAGGCGGAAGGAGUUCUUCGUUCUUGCAAUUUGUGGGGUGGCGUGCCUUUUAGGAAUCCCUUGUGUCAUGCAGGUGGGAAUCUAUGUCUUCCAGCUGAUGGAUCAUUACACUGCCAUUGUGUCCAUCAUGUUCCUUGCAUUCUUUGAGGUCAUUGCCAUCUGUUGGAGUUAUGGUGUGACUCGACUUUCAGCCAACGUUAAAGAGAUGAACGGCUCAAGACCCAACAUCUUCUUCAGAGUGUGCUGGCUAAUAGUCGCUCCUGUGCUGAUCACUAUGUCUUGA